GUUUGCGUUCAACGAGAGAGAGCUGCGAGUGAGAGGAGAGAGAGAGAUACGAGGGUAAAACAGAUCGGACGCGCGGCGCUGGAGAGAGCCGCUUUUGGACACCUUUUGGAUAACUAAGCACACGGGAAUAGAAGAUAAAGACAACUUACUUCCCUUAAUCUCCAUUUGGUUCAUGUUUAUUUUCUCUGUCAUUAUGAAUGUCCCCUGAACGCCUCUUUCCGCGCGACAUGGACACAUCUGAGGCCACGCUUCGCUAGACUACGAGGCUCAGCCGCAGUCCCGCUCUCUCCGACCGAGUUCGCACUGACUGGAGCCACUUUUUGAGCGACUUCUUUAAAGGUGUCUUUUUUGCUUCCGGCAACAGUGAAGAAGAAGCGUCCAAGUGUUCCUCUCUCCGCCAGCGCACUCCCUCUCUCACUUUUGGAAGCUGAACUUUUAAAGGAAAAUGGGGCAUUGAGUUCGUUGGCAGAUCUCCCCACGCUAUAAUGGCUACUGACACCUAUCUGGUCAAUGACGAUCCUGCCCGAGGCCCAGGGAUGCCUGAGUGUUUCCUGGUGUCUGACACCUACAGGGAUGAAUUCCACCCUUUCAUCGAGGCCCUGCUGCCCCACGUCCGAGCGUUUGCUUACACCUGGUUCAACCUGCAGGCCCGAAAGCGCAAGUACUUCAAGAAGCACGAGAAGCGCAUGUCCAAGGAGGAAGAGCGCGCCGUGAAGGAUGAACUUCUGGGGGAGAAGCCAGAGAUCAAGCAGAAGUGGGCCUCGCGCCUGCUGGCCAAGCUCCGCAAGGACAUCCGGCCCGAGUUCCGUGAGGACUUUGUGCUCACCAUCACAGGGAAAAAGCCCCCCUGCUGUGUGCUGUCCAACCCCGACCAGAAGGGCAAGAUCCGCCGCAUCGACUGCCUGCGCCAGGCUGACAAGGUGUGGCGGCUGGACCUGGUGAUGGUCAUCCUGUUCAAGGGCAGCCCCCUGGAGAGCACAGACGGGGAGCGACUGGUCAAAUCACCACAGUGCACCAACCCGGGCCUGUGUGUGCAGCCACACCACAUCGGAGUGUCCGUCAAAGAACUGGACCUGUAUCUGGCCUACUUCGUCCACACGCCAGAAUCUGGACAAUCAGACAGCUCCAGUCAACAGGGAGACACAGACAUCAAACCACCACCUAACGGACACCUUAGUUUCCAGGAUUGUUUUGUCACUUCAGGAGUGUGGAAUGUGGCAGAGCUCGUCAGAGUGUCACAAACUCCUGUAGCGACAGCAUCAGGUCCUAACUUCUCGCUGGCCGACCUGGACAGUAGUCCCAGUUACUACAACAUCAACCAAGUGGCUUUGGGCCGUCGUUCUCUGACCUCCCCUCCCUCAACCAGGUCUGAGGUGGAAUUAUACGCAAAUCUUCCCCGGAGCUCCACCAAGAGAAAGUCUUUAGACGACAGUGAAAUGGAAAGCCCCACAGACGAUGUCUUCUACCCUGGACGCUCCCCGGCUGCCAGCUCUUCUCAGUCCAGUGUGUGGCCCAAUGACAUGGACGCAGUGCAGCACCAUUUGGCGAGUGUGCAAGAGCGGAAGAUAAAACAUGAAAACGAUGGCGUGCAGUUUCCUUACCAUGGUUAGAGCAUUGAUUACACU